AUGCACAUAUGUGUGUACAGGCAAUCCCUGAGUUACAAACAUCUGACUUACCCCAGACCCUGCAUUCACUAUAUCUGGUCUCCCCGGACCCUGCAUUCACUAUAUCUGGUCUCCCCGGACCCUGCAUUCACUAUAUCUGGUCUCCCCGGACCCUGCAUUCACUAUGUCUGGUCUCCCAGGACCCUGCAUUCACUAUAUCUGGUCUCCCCGGACCCUGCAUUCACUAUAUCUGGUCUCCCCGGACCCUGCAUUCACUAUAUAUCUGGUCUCCCCGGACCCUGCAUUCACUAUAUCUGGUCUCCCCGGACCCUGCAUUCAUUAUAUCCGGGUCUCUCUGGACCCUGCAUUCACUAUAUCUGGUCUCCCCAGACCAUGCAUUCACUAUAUCUGGUCCCCCCCGGACCCUGCAUUCACUAUAACUGGUCUCCCCGGACCCUGCAUUCACUAUAUCUGGUCUCCCACAGUACACAC